UCUUACGUCCUCCUUUCGACUCAUCGCACCUCUCCUGUCCACCCCUUUAAGUUCAAUCGCUUGCAUCCGGCCGAGGGGGGCCCUCAAGAGCACCACGUAGGCGCCAUGUCCGGCGCAAGGCAUUGGGAGCAAGACAAGGAGGCUACUGUCUACAUCGGCAAUCUCGAUGAACGGGUCUCAGAUAGCCUGGUAUGGGAGCUGAUGCUUCAGGCUGGGCGCAUCGUUAACGUUCACCUACCGAAAGAUCGAGUCACACAGUCGCAUCAAGGCUACGGGUUCGUGGAAUUUAUCAGCGAGGAGGACGCCGAAUACGCGUCACGGAUCAUGAAUGGAAUCCGCCUAUAUGGAAAGCCCAUCCGUGUGAAUAAAGCAUCUGCCGAUAAGCAGAAGUCAGUGGAAAUCGGGGCGGAGCUGUUUGUCGGGAACCUCGAUCCUAUGGUUACCGAACAGGUCCUCUAUGACACGUUCAGUCGCUUUGGAAAUUUAAUCAAUAUCCCCAAGAUCGCACGAGAUGAUAACAACCUGUCAAAGGGCUAUGGGUUUGUGUCUUUUGCUGACUUUGAAUCUUCGGACGCUGCCAUAUCCAACAUGAACGGUCAGUAUCUUAUGAACAAGCAGGUCUCGGUACAAUACGCAUAUAAGAAAGAUGGGAAAGGUGAACGCCACGGUGAUGAGGCAGAGCGCAUGCUGGCUGCACAGGCUCGCAAGCAUAAUGUGCGUCCGCCAACCCAACCACUACCGCCCCAAUUCUCGAACCCGGCGACACCCAUGGUGCCAGCCGCGAUGGCCAACGGUGACAACUCCCGACCAAUGAGCACCAAUCCACCGGAUCUGAGUAUGGGAAGAGGCAUGGCUCCUCCCCCGAAUGUGGCCUUUCAAAACGUUCCUCCGCAGUCAGGCCGACCGGUUCCACCUCCCACAUCUCUGGCAAACCCACCCCCUGGUUUACCGGCACGGCCGCCGCCUUCACAGGCUGGAUAUGGAGGCCCGCAGUCUUUCCUUCCCCCCGGCUUCAAUGGUGCCAACCCGCAACCCUCUUUUCCUCAAGCAGCACCUCCACCAGGUUUCGCACCGCCAGGUUUCGGUGCCCCUGCAGGAACCCCUGGCCCUGCACCUCCUUUGCCGCCAGGAUUCCAACAACCUGGCUACGGGCGUGGGCGCUGAGCAUUCCGGGUAGAAUGCAUCGGCAUGGACAGAAGGAGACGGAGCAGAAGAAAUAGAUCGCCGUCCUCUUCACCCAUCACUUGGUUCCUAGGAUUAUGACUUCUCGAACACGAUGUAACGAUUAACAACCGAGUGGCUGUUAACGCCCUAAAGGAAGAAGGAUCUUGCCCUAGAAACCAAUGGUUUUGGAGCCUUGGCUUACCAGAGAACUAAUAUCGGCUUGUUCCACAUGGCCGAAUUGAACUGCCAGUCCAGGCUUUACCUUUCGAUAAGAAAGGAGAUUGCGUACCAAUAAUUGAAUCUGGCCUUGCCGCACUCGAUCUCUUCAUUCGCGGUAGAUGAUAGCAAUUUAAGUGAAAGUGGACGCUAUACUGAUUCAAAUACUCAUAUAAUGACAAUC